GCCCCGCCCUUUCUCCGGAGCCACGCCCCCUCACCGCCCUCACACAGGAGAGCGAUGAGGCAAAGCAGCGGUGCUUUGGUUAACGCCGCUGCGGCGACGACGACAACGACGACGACGGGCCCUCCGUGAGGAAUGAGACCCCCAUGUUUCCCCGAGGAGCCCCCGCGGCUGUGAGGAGGCCGGGAAGGAGCGGCGUCCCGGCUCCGGAGGCUGAAAGGAAAGGGAGCGUUCUCUGCGGCGGAGGCGCCUUCUUCUUCUCCUCUCAGGAGCAACCGGAACCAGGAAAACGGCUGGGAUUUAAUUGCUGAGGGAUAGAGAUAGCCUGAAGGAGAAGGAAAGGCCAAACAAAGUGUGGGGGCGUCUUUUGCGGCCCUCUCUCCCCUCCUUUUCAAACUUCCCACAGGAAUAAGGAAAGGACUUGGUGCUCUAAAACAAACCUUGGAGACUUUGGAUCUACAAACAUCAAGUGACCUCCGUCCUUCCUUCCCUCUGGAUUUCCUUGGGGUGGUUCAACUUGGAGAGGACAUCCAUAUAUCCCAAUAGCAAAAAAAAACAUUGUUGGGAAACUUGUAGAUCCCAGAUGGCCAAUUCCCUCAACGGCCGGAACCCAGGUGGCCGAGGAGGAAACCCCCGCAAAGGGCGUAUUCUGGGCUUCAUUGAUGCUAUUCAGGAUGCAGUUGGCCCUCCGAAGCAAGCAGCUGCUGAUCGCAGGACUGUGGAAAAAACUUGGAAAUUAAUGGACAAAGUGGUAAGAUUGUGUCAGAAUCCCAAACUUCAGUUGAAGAACAGCCCACCUUAUAUACUUGAUAUUUUACCAGACACCUAUCAGCAUUUGCGACUUAUAUUGAGCAAGUAUGAUGACAACCAGAAACUUGCACAGCUCAGUGAAAAUGAGUAUUUUAAGAUAUAUAUUGACAGUCUCAUGAAAAAGUCAAAACGGGCUAUAAGACUAUUUAAAGAGGGGAAAGAGAGGAUGUAUGAGGAGCAGUCACAGGACAGGCGAAACCUCACAAAACUAUCACUCAUCUUUAGCCACAUGCUUGCAGAAAUCAAGGCAGUCUUUCCUAAUGGUCAGUUCCAAGGUGACAACUUUCGUAUCACAAAAGCAGAUGCUGCUGAAUUCUGGAAAAAGUUCUUUGGAGAAAAGACCAUAGUGCCUUGGAAAGUGUUUCGGCAGUGUCUACAUGAAGUACAUCAGAUAAGUUCUGGUUUGGAAGCAAUGGCUUUGAAAUCUACCAUUGAUUUAACUUGCAAUGACUACAUUUCAAUUUUUGAAUUUGAUAUCUUCACAAGAUUAUUUCAGCCUUGGAAUUCAAUAUUAAGAAACUGGAACUUCUUAGCUGUGACACAUCCUGGAUAUAUGGCAUUUCUGACCUAUGAUGAAGUUAAAGCACGGUUACAGAAAUACAGCACCAAACCAGGAAGCUAUAUUUUCAGACUAAGUUGUACUCGGUUAGGGCAGUGGGCCAUUGGAUAUGUCACUGGUGAUGGAAAUAUUUUACAGACUAUACCUCACAAUAAGCCUUUAUUUCAAGCUCUGAUUGAUGGCAGCCGGGAAGGAUUCUAUCUCUACCCAGAUGGACGGAGUUAUAAUCCUGAUUUGACAGGACUCUGUGAGCCAACCCCACAUGAUCACAUAAAAGUUACACAGGAACAAUAUGAGUUGUAUUGUGAAAUGGGUUCCACAUUCCAACUUUGUAAAAUUUGUGCCGAAAAUGAUAAAGAUGUGAAGAUUGAACCUUGUGGGCAUCUGAUGUGUACAUCUUGCCUUACAGCAUGGCAGGAGUCUGAUGGCCAAGGAUGUCCUUUCUGUCGCUGUGAAAUCAAAGGGACGGAACCCAUUAUUGUAGAUCCCUUUGAUCCCAGGGAUGAGAACAUACGGUGCUGCAGCAUCAUGGAUAGUUUUGGUAUCCCCAUGCUUGAUUUGGAUGAUGAUGAUGAUAGAGAAGAAUGUUUAAUGAUGAAUCGAUUGGCAUCUGUGCGAAAGUGUAAUGAAAGGCAGAAUUCACCUGUGACAUCCCCUGGAUCUUCUCCACUAUCUCAAAGAAGAAAACCACUUCCUGAUCCCCUACAAGGGCCCCAUCUUAGCCUUCCACCAGUGCCUCCUCGACUAGAUCUAAUUCAGAAGGGAGUUGCUCGAUCUCCUUGUGCCAGCCCUGCUAGUUCACCAAAGUCUUCUCCAUGUAUGAUGAGGAAACAAGAUAAGCCUCUUCCUGCACCACCACCACCCAUACGGGAUCCUCCUCCACCUCCACCAGAAAGGCCUCCUCCCAUUCCACCAGAUAACCGGUUAAAUAGACACUUGCAUCACCCUGAAAGUGUGCCUUGCAGAGACCAGCCUAUGCCACUUGAAGCCUGGUGUCCCAGAGAAGUUUGUGGGACUAAUCAAAUAGUGGGAUGUCGAAUAGCUGGGAGUGAUGGUUCUCCCAAACUUGGACUCACUGCAAGUUCAAAUAUGAAUGGAAGGCAUUGUCGAAUGGGUUCUGAUCCAAUAUUUCUGAGAAAGCAUAGACGUCAUGAUUUGGCUCUUGAAAAUGCCAAGCUAUUUUCAAACGGCCAUCUAACUAAUGAGGAAUAUGAUGUCCCGCCCCGACUUGCAUCCCCUCCUCCAGUUGCAUCAGUCAUGCUGAAUAUGAAGUCAUCUGUUCCUCUUAUUAAUUCCCUUCCUGAAAAACCAAGGGAAAAUGUAGAAGAAGAUGAGUACAAGAUACCUUCAUCCCAUCCUGUCUCUUUGACCUCACAGUCACCUCAGUGUUAUAAUAUAAAACCUCAUAUUCGGGUAUGUGAGAAUGGUCAAUGCUCUGGAAUAAUUAGUGAAACUCACAGUGCUGCCUCCGAGAUGAAACGAUUGAAACAGCCAGAAAUGGAAGAAGCCUUUGAGUCGACUGUCUCAAUACCUUUACCACCGGUACGGCCUCCUGUGAGAGAAAAUAUGAAACAUGGCGCAGUACUCAACAGGACUCCUUCUGAUUACGAUCUGCUGGUACACCCUCCAGGUGACAGUGCAUCUGACAAUACUCCACCCUCACUUCCUCCGCCGCCACCCCCUGCCCGCCACAGCCUCAUUGAGCAAACGAAGCCACUUGUUGCAGGAAGUAGGCCUCUAUCUGGACAUGAACUAUAUCUUCCUCCUGCUGAUCUUUUCUUUGAUCCUGUAAAUGGCUUAGUUCCAUUGCCACCUGUUCGAAGAUUAACUGGUGACAGUAUGAAAACUCACCGAUUAUCCCAAGACUAUGACCAGCUUCCCUCUUGUUCAGAUGGUUCACAAGCACCAGCCAGACCUCCUAAACCUCUUCCUCGCAGGACUGCCCCAGAAAUACACCAUAGGAAGGCACAUCAUUCUGACUCAUCUAUAGAAAGUGUUGAUGCAAAAAUUGCAAAACUUAUGGGAGAAGGCUAUUCAUUUGAAGAAGUGAAGCGGGCACUUGAAAUUGCCCAAAAUAAUCUUGAUGUAGCACGGAGCAUCCUGAGAGAGUUUGCUUGUUUUCCUCCAGCAAUUUCCCAGCGUUUGAACCUAUAGCAGUAUGGAAAACAUUAUGUCCCGCCAAGUCUCCAAACGUGGGCAUGUGAAUAUGAGAAGUAAUGUGGAAGUGUGAAGUUGAAGUUCGAAAACGAUGUUCUUCUCUAGGCGUCUUUGAAGAGCUGAGAUGCAGCAGAAUUUUUUUUCAAGAGUAAGAUAGCUGCUCAGUCCAAGAUAUAAGUGGAUUGAAUUUUAUGUAUUUUUGCUAGCCAUACUUAUGAAUCAGGGUUGAACUGACAAAUAAUUUAAAGUUUACUUGCCAUGAGCUUUUAAUCUGUGAAAUGCUUUUUUCAUGUUUACAAGGUGGCGAGUGACCAUUUCCAAGCUGAUAGUCCUCCUGUGUUCUUGUUCAUGUUUUUCUGGCACUUCUUACUGUUUUUGUAGUAGAUUGUCCCAUCAAAUAAGUCAGUUAUUUCUUCCUCCGUGUAUACACUCCAUUUUGAUUUUUCAGAAGUCUUUGAUUUUUUAAAAAAAUUACAGCAUCUUGCAAAUGCAAGAAAAUGUGGCCUUCAUUGCUGAUUCCACCCCCCUCCAGUAAAUCUUUGCUAUUUAGAAAAUGAAGUAAAUGUACAUUGCAUUGUUUUGUCUUUGAUCCAUCUUUUAAAAAGGCAUUUUGACCGCAAUGUUCAGUAUCUUUUCUUUGAUGUGUGGCUGAUAAGAUUUAACAUCUAGAUGGCUUCAGUAAGAAAAUUAACAUUCAUAGUGUUAAAUUGCAUAAUAAUAUCCCAAAAUGUAAAUCAUUUCUGGAGCUUCUGUUAAAAAUACAGCUGUAUGUGUUUUAAAAUUAGCCUUUGAUUCCAUAAUGAACUUGAAAGGUCCCUAUGUUGUUCACACCUUCAAUAUCAUGAGGCAUGACAAAUAGAUCCAUCAUUCUGAAUUAUAUUAGCAGUGAUCAGGUAAAUUAUACUCCUGUCUUCUGAAAAGCGAAAUGCAGUUAAUUUCCUGUGUGGAUGGUUAUCCUCUGAUUCAUCACCACUUUAGGGGACAAGUUCAUUUUAACAGAGGAGCUUUCAAUCUUUCCAUUGUUGAGCUCUAAGGCUAUCGCAGCAAUAUUUUUGCAAAGCUUCUCAUAAAUUCACAUUCGUACCUGUAUAUCCAAUGCCCAGAUCAACGUAUAGCAUCUAUCUGCAUUCUUGGAGAUAACAUAUCUUGUUGCCUGAAAUUCAUACGAGCAGAUUAUACUGUCACUUUCUGAAGCACAAGCUAAAUCAAGAAUCCCAACUUCUUAAAUACAUUGUUCUGAUUAAAUUCCAGAUUAAUUCUAUGUAUACUCCCCCAGGUCCAAACCAAAUUCCUGAUUUUCUUUCAUACCUCCUUGCUGAAAUUGCAGACCUGAUGUUGACAGUGUGCUGAAUACCCAAGUGUGUGUACUCAAAGGCUCCCCCCCCCUUUUUUUUUUUUUGGUUCCUUUUAGUAUCUGCAAACACUAUUCAUGACACUGCUGUGCAGAAUACUCACUUGCUGUAUUCUGUCUUGUUGAGAUUUUGAGUUUGAACAUUUCACUGGACAGGCUAAGAUAUAUGUCACAAAACUACCCGAAUGCUGUCAAACCCUAUACAAUAAAGUAUGUUUUUAAGGACAUUUUUUUAAAAAAUAAGAGUUUGUUUUACCCCUAAGUGGACUAGGAGGCCUCCAGACACACUGGAAAUCAUCCCCUCUACACACCAAAUUCACCAAAAGAGAAACAGCCCUUGAGCGCCAUAUCUGGCCUAUAGGCCACAAUUUACCUGCCCAUGUACAGUUGAUUGAGAGAGUAAUGUUGAGCAAUAGCAAUUAACUAUCAUGUUCUCGUGAAGGCUCAUAUCAAUAUUAAAUCCAGGAGACCUUUUAAAGAGUUCAGUUUUAAACCUCUCUUUCAUAUAAAAACCUAAUUAACGUUCUUCUACAUUAGAGCCUGUAGCUUUUUAAAUUAACACUUCAAUUAAAUUCCUCCACCUGUUAACAUUAUUUAUGGUGUUAAAGGUACUCCCAAUAGAAUAGAAUAUCCAGUUGCAUUGAAGGAAAAUAAUUGUUUUUUUCCCCUUUUUUAAUAUAAAUAAAGGCAUUUAGGAAAAGCACCAGUUCAAUUUUCAUGAAUGGCACAAACUGAGAACUUAUAUAUUAUUUUGGGUUAUUAGGAUAGGUUUAGACAAUUUUCAGAAGAUACAGGCCUGUGAAAAUGCUAUGCUAGUACAGGUUGAGCAUCCCUAAUCUGAAAUAAUUUGCUGCCAGCCACCCGUUUCCGCCUUUGAGGUAGUAGCAACACACUUGCCUUGUUCAUUUGCAAUGGGGAUACAAGUAGAUAGUUGGCUCCCAUAAGAUAUCCAGUACAGUACUGCAAAAAAUCCUCUCCAAAUAUUAUAUCUUACUUUCUCAGGCUCCAGCUUCGUGUCUCAUACACAUCACAAGUAGCAAACAAUCAAGACAUGAAGAUCUUUGUAAUGGUGGGUGGUAUACAUAGCCAGAUAUCUGUUAUGUAUGUGCAAAUAUUCUGAAAUCUGUAACACUUUUGAUCCCAAGCAUUUCAGAGGAAGGAUGCACAACCUGUUUAUGUCAAUACCAUCAUGAUACAUCCAGUCUGUGUCUUAAGAUGAAUCCAGGAUCAUUGAACAGGUUGCAAGGGCUUCAUAUUGCAGUGAAGCAUGUUCACACAAAAUUUCCACUGUUUUUAAGGUUAUCCAAUGGAAUGGUCCUCAGAGACAUUUUAUAAAAAAAACGAAGUAUAAUUAAACGUCCUUUCAAGGAUCACUUAAUGCACACAAAUUUGCAGCCUUAAAAAUCAAUGACAAUAAUCUUAUUUUCUACGUAGUGUCUACAUUUCCACAAGGGCUUGUAUGUUCGUUCACCCAUUGAAUUAAAGUGAACAGUACUGUGAUAACAUAUUUUUCAAAUGAAGCAUUUUGGUGGAAUACUUACUUUCUUACUAGUUUUGAGCUAUGAUUAUGUUUCCAGCCCCACAAUUCUUGAGAAUUUCAAAGAUUUCAGCAUAUUAUCAACUCCUAUUUUGCCUUCAUUAGUGUGAAACUAUUCCAGAACUGGUGAAGCAGAUGGUGGAACAUAUCAAUAACAAAGAUACCUUCCAACAGUGUGAAAAAUGUCUGGUGUUUGUUAAAAUAAAUGAGCUGCCAUUUCUGUGGCCUGAAUCUAUGCCCUUAAAUAGCCGCUAGUCUGAUGCCAGUGUUGUAGUAUCAUAAAUGUUUGUCCAAUGAUUCAUAAUGUGAAUUUAUUUUGUACCAGCAUUCUUCUGUUGUUUAUAUUUGUUUCUCAUAUUCCGGCUUGAAGCUUUACUUUGCACUGACCUGGAAAAUGUUUUAAUUUGUGUCUUAAAGCUUGACAAAUUUGGAAGCAGACAAAUGUUUUAAAUCAGGUACUGCCUGUUGACCUGGAAGAUAGAGCUUCUAGGACUGGUUUCUUGAGCGGACUGCAAUAGGUUUUUUUGUUUUGUUAUUGAAGGUGUAUCUUCUUAAAAAACUAUUUUAUCUGAAAAUGCCUUUUAUAAACUUGUCUAAUGUGGCAGACAUAGUGAUGUGAUCAAUUUAUAUUUUAUUCAGCAUUCUUUUUCAAUUCUGAAGAUUAUGUAACCUCAAUUUACUUUUAUCUGUUCUUGUAAAGUAUUUUAUAAAAAUUAAUGUUAACAGAA